AUGGGUGCAGCCGGUACAACCAUCAGAGACGUGGUCAUCACCAAGGCUAACACAAGCGACGGGUCUCUGGCGAACCAGCGGCGUCUCUGCAGGGCAGAAGGCAGCGAGCCUCUCGUCAUCAAGACCAAGCAAGUCAGAGACAAGGCAGUGCAACUCGUCAAGGAAUACGCGGUCAAAGUUUAUCCUAGUUUGGAUAAAGUUGCCUGGUUGAGUGCAACUGGCGACGAAACAAACUUGUCUCUCCCCUUCACCUGGCCUGACGGCAGCGACAUAUCCAACUGUGCAUCAAAUACAAAUGACACCAAAACGCCAUUCCUGACUGAUGGACCUGCGACGAGACUCUCUGAGAAAAACGUGAUCCUGCGUGCAAUAAUGGAGUCAUCUUACGGAUUCAAAGUGCUAUGUUCCACAUAA